AUGAUUGCAUUCAGGAAAUUUCUCAACAAGAAAUCUCUGAGGGCAAUCACUGGGGAGUUCCUGGCGACCCUAGUCUUUGUCCUGUUCAGCGUGGGCUCAACAGUAAGAUGGGAGGAGGUGGAGGAGCAGCAGCUGCCUGCUGCUCGCCUCCUGAUCUCCAUCUGCUUCGGGAUAAGCUUUGCCGUGAUGGUGAAGUGUUUCAGUGACAUCAGCGGCGCUCAUUUAAACCCUGCAGUAACCUUGGCAAUGGUGCUCACUCGCAAAUUCAACAUUAUCAAGGCCUUCUUCUACCUGCUUGCCCAGUGCCUCGGAGCCACUGCGGCCAGUGGCAUCCUGUUUGUGGUGACGCCUGAAAGUGUGAGAGGGCACCUUGGAGUGACCUGGGUCAGCUCCAGAAUCUCAGUGUUCCAGGGCUUCAUAAUGGAGCUGCUGAUCACGUUCCAGAUGAUCUUUGUGGUGUUUGCCACCUCUGACCCCAAAAGCAAGCGGCUCAAGAGCGCUGCUGCUGUAGACAUUGGCAUUUCCGUCACCAUCGGGCACCUGUUUGCGGUACCUUACACUGGAGCCAGUAUGAACCCAGCUCGCUCGCUCGGACCAGCGAUCAUCACCGGAAACUGGGACGACCACUGGGUGUACUGGCUGGGCCCUAUCCUAGGUGCAGUCAUUGCCGCUGUUCUGCACAAGUAUUUCCUCCACCCCAGCCUGAAGAAGCCUGCCGUAGACGGGGACCGUGUUUCAGAGAAGGCCCGGGAGGACGCAGAGGGCAACUUGCAGGCUGUGGACACAGAGGAGUCUUUCAUGGAGAUGGCCAUGUCUUUAAACACCAUCAACAUCAAGAUCCCUGCGGAUGACCAAUCAGACCUUUUCAGCACGGAAAAGAAGAAUGAAGCGCAAUCUUCAGUAUGA